UUCGAGCGCGUCAGCAUGAUGGUGAUCCUGCUCAACUGCGUGACCCUGGGCAUGUACCAGCCCUGUGAGAACAUCGACUGCUCCUCCGACCGCUGCCAGAUCUUACAGGCAUUUGAUGCUUUCAUAUACAUCUUCUUUGCACUGGAGAUGGUGGUUAAGAUGUUGGCUUUGGGCAUCUUUGGCCAGCGCUGCUACAUGGGAGACACCUGGAACCGGCUGGACUUCUUCAUUGUCAUGGCAGGGAUGGUGGAGUACUCGCUGGAUCUGCAGAACAUCAACCUGUCGGCCAUCAGGACGGUCCGGGUCCUUCGACCACUGAAAGCAAUCAACAGAGUGCCAAGUAUGCGGAUCCUGGUGAAUCUCCUCUUGGAUACCCUCCCCAUGCUGGGAAACGUCCUCCUGCUCUGCUUCUUCGUCUUCUUCAUCUUCGGCAUCAUCGGCGUGCAGCUGUGGGCGGGGCUUCUGCGAAACCGCUGCUUCCCGGAGGAGAACUUCACGCUCUCCACGGGCAUUGCCCUUCCCAGGCCCUACUACCAGCCCGACGAGAACGACGAGCGCCCCUUCAUCUGCUCCCUGGCGGCCGACAACGGCAUCAUGUCCUGCCGCGACGUCCCGACGCGGCGGGAGGAGGGCCGCGAGUGCUGCCUGGACAAGGACGACUUCCUGCACCGGCAGGCGCUGGGCCUGAGCCCCGAGCCGCUGGUCAACGGCAGCCUGAGCGCGGCGGGCCUCUGCAUCAACUGGAACCAGUACUACACCCGCUGCUACACGGGCCACACCAACCCGCACAAGGGCGCCAUCAACUUCGACAACAUCGGCUACGCCUGGAUCGUCAUCUUCCAGGUGAUCACGCUGGAGGGCUGGGUGGAGAUCAUGUACUACGUGAUGGACGCUCACUCCUUCUACAACUUCCUCUACUUCAUCCUGCUCAUAAUCGUGGGCUCCUUCUUCAUGAUCAACCUGUGCCUGGUGGUGAUCGCCACGCAGUUCUCGGAGACCAAGCAGCGGGAGCACCAGCUGAUGCAGGAGCAGCGGGCGCAGUGCCUGUCCUCCAGCACGCUGGCCAGCAUGGCCGAGCCCGGCGACUGCUACGAGGAGAUCUUCCAGUACGUGUGCCACGUGCUGCGCAAGGCCCGCCGCCGCUCCGCCGCCCUCCUCCGCGCCCUGCGCGGCCGCCCCCCACCAGCGGGGGGCGCCAGAGCCAACGCGCACAGGGCCGGGAAGAGGGGGAGCUUCGGCGCGGGGGACAGACGCCAUCGACACCACCACUCGUCACACUGUCCACACCACAGCAAACCUGACCACACUUCUGUGGGAAACCCCAUUGACCUCUCGGUCCCUCCCGACUCUGACGGGUGUCCGCAGUGCACUGCAGCCCUGUCACUCAGGGACGGGGCGGGACCUGCGGGCUCAUCAACCAACGAGGAGGCAGAGGAGGGCGCCGUGGAAGAGACGGACGGGCAAGGCAGCCAGGCGGGGGAGGCGAGGGAGGACGCCGCGGAGGGCAAAGCCGAGAAGAGGGCGGGGCCGUGCGGUGGACGGUGCAAAGCACUCUGGGACAAGAUGCGAAUCAAGCUGUGGGGCAUCGUGGAAAGCAAGUACUUCAACAGAGGAAUAAUGAUAGCCAUCCUCAUCAACACUAUCAGCAUGGGAAUCGAGCACCAUGAACAGCCAGAGGAGCUGACUAACGUUCUGGAGAUCUGCAACAUCGUGUUCACCAGCAUGUUCGCACUGGAGAUGAUCCUGAAACUCACCGCCUUUGGCUGCUUCUGCUACCUGCGCAACCCCUACAACAUCUUUGACGGCAUCAUCGUCAUCAUCAGUGUGUGUGAGAUCGUCGGUCAGUCUGACGGGGGCCUGUCGGUGCUCAGAACGUUCCGGCUGCUGCGCGUGCUGAAGCUGGUGCGCUUCAUGCCGGCUCUGCGCAGGCAGCUGGUGGUGCUGAUGAAGACCAUGGACAACGUGGCCACCUUCUGCAUGCUCCUCAUGCUCUUCAUCUUCAUCUUCAGCAUCCUGGGAAUGCACAUCUUUGGGUGCAAGUUCAGCCUGAAGACGGACACGGGGGACACCGUCCCAGACAGGAAGAACUUUGACUCUCUGCUGUGGGCCAUCGUCACUGUGUUCCAGAUCCUAACCCAGGAGGACUGGAACGUGGUGUUGUAUAACGGCAUGGCCUCCACCUCUCCAUUGGCUGCCCUGUACUUUGUGGCCCUCAUGACUUUCGGGAACUACGUCCUGUUCAACCUGCUGGUGGCCAUCUUGGUGGAGGGGUUCCAGGCCGAGGGGGAUGCCAAUCGGUCAUACUCCGAGGAUGACAGGUCCUCCUCCAACUUUGACGAGAGCGAGAAGCACAAAGACUCUCUUCAGCUCUCAGAUCCCAAGAUUUGCACCCUGACCCCAAACGGGCACCUGGACCUGGGGUCGGUUCCUCCCGGCAGGGGGGGCUACCCGGUGGACCGGCUAGCCCUGGCGCUGGGCUCCCGCAAAAGCAGCGUGAUGUCACUGGGCAAGGCCAACCUGGAGCAGCGGUCCCUGCGCCCUGGCUGCAGUUCUAUCUACCACAACUGGGGGCGCCCUCCUACUCAGUCCGUGUGGAACCGGAGGUCCAGCUGGAACAGCCAGCGCAGGAUGUCCCGGGGUCUGGGGAUGAGCGUGGGAGGGGGCAGCCUGCGGGCCCGCCACCCCCACUCCAACGCGGCCGAGCACGAGUCCCUCCUCUCCCCCCCGCCCCUGCUGCCCCCGCCCUUACUGUCCCGCCGCCUCCCGCCCCGCCGGGACCGCAGGGCCCUCUCCCUGGAGCUCCCAGAACCGCCGCCGGCCCCCGGCCCCCCAAACCUGCCCCCGCCACCGCUGCCCCGCGAGAAGGGCCUCUCCGGGGGCCUGGGGGGCCUGGGGGGCCCGGGGGGGCCAGGGGGGGGCGGCGAGCACCACGACUGCAACGGGAGGACGCACACCCCCCAGCCCCCGCUCCUGGCGGAGGUCUUCCCCCAGCUGAACACCAAGGAGAGAGCCCGGCUGGAGGAGGAGAUGGACUACAGUCUCUGCUUUCGGAUCCAGAAGAUGAUCGAGGUGUACCGGCCCGAAUGCUGCGAGGCGCGGGAGGACUGGUCCGUCUAUCUCUUCUCCCCCCAGAACAAGUUCAGGCUGCUCUGCCAGAACAUCAUCGCGCACAAGCUGUUCGACUACGUGGUGCUGGUCUUCAUCUUCCUCAACUGCAUCACCGUGGCCCUGGAGAGACCGAAGAUCCACCAGGGAAGCCUGGUACGGCUGGGGGGGUCAACAGAAAGACUCCUCCUCACCAUCUCCAACUACAUCUUCACCACCAUCUUUGUUGCUGAGAUGACUUUAAAGGUGGUGUCCAUGGGUCUGUAUCUGGGAGAUAAGGCCUAUUUGCGCAGCAGUUGGAACAUUCUGGAUGGUUUCCUGGUCUUCGUGUCCCUGAUUGAUAUCGUGGUGUCCAUGGCGGGCGGGGCCAAAAUCCUCGGGGUGCUGCGAGUGCUCAGGCUGCUUCGGACACUGCGCCCCCUAAGGGUGAUCAGUCGAGCCCCCGGCCUAAAGCUAGUGGUGGAGACCCUAAUCACUUCCCUCAAACCCAUUGGCAACAUUGUCCUGAUCUGCUGUGCUUUCUUCAUCAUUUUUGGCAUUCUAGGCGUCCAGCUAUUCAAAGGCAAGUUCUUCUACUGCUCGGGCCCUGAUGUGAAGAACAUCACUAACAAGUCGGACUGUCUCUCAGCCAAUUACAAGUGGGUCCACCACAAGUAUAACUUCGACAAUCUGGGACAGGCACUGAUGUCCCUCUUUGUGCUGGCUUCCAAAGAUGGCUGGGUCAACAUCAUGUAUCACGGCCUAGACGCAGUAGGCAUCGACCAGCAGCCCGUCAUUAACAACAGCCCCUGGAUGCUGCUCUACUUCAUCUCCUUCCUGCUGAUCGUCAGCUUCUUCGUGCUCAACAUGUUCGUGGGCGUGGUGGUGGAGAACUUCCACAAGUGCCGGCAGCACCAGGAGGUGGAGGAGGCCAAGCGCCGGGAGGAGAAGAGGCUUCGGCGGAUGGAGAAGAAGAGAAGGAAGGCUCAGAAGCUGCCGUAUUACUCGGGGUACAGUCACGCGAGGCUGAUGGUCCACUCCCUCUGCACCAGCCACUACCUGGACCUCUUCAUCACCUUCAUCAUCUGCGUCAACGUGGUCACCAUGUCCCUGGAGCACUACAGCCAGCCGCAAUCCCUGGAGACGGCUCUGAAGUACUGCAAUUACUUCUUCACCACCACCUUCGUGCUGGAAGCUGUUCUGAAGCUCAUCGCCUUCGGCUUCCGCCGCUUCUUCAAAGACAGGUGGAACCAGCUGGACCUGGCCAUUGUGCUGCUGUCGGUGAUGGGCAUCACCCUGGAGGAGAUCGAGAUUAACGCCUCGCUGCCCAUCAACCCCACCAUCAUCCGCAUCAUGAGAGUCCUGCGUAUCGCACGGGUGCUGAAGCUGUUGAAGAUGGCCACAGGGAUGCGUGCUCUGUUGGACACAGUGGUUCAGGCUCUGCCACAGGUGGGGAACCUGGGCCUGCUCUUCAUGCUGCUGUUCUUCAUCUACGCGGCGCUCGGGGUCGAGCUCUUCGGAGAACUGGUGUGCAAUGAGGAUUACCCGUGCGAGGGGAUGAGUCGCCACGCCACCUUCGAGAACUUCGGCAUGGCCUUCCUCACGCUCUUCCAGGUCUCUACGGGAGACAACUGGAACGGGAUCAUGAAGGACACGCUGCGUGAAUGCCAGGUGGGCGAGCACACGUGCAACCCCAGCCUGCAGUUCAUCUCGCCGCUCUACUUCGUCAGCUUCGUGCUGACGGCGCAGUUCGUGCUCAUCAACGUGGUGGUGGCCGUGCUGAUGAAGCACCUGGACGACUCCAACAAGGAGGCGCAGGAGGACGCCGAGAUGGACGCCGAGAUCGAGCUGGAGCUGGCGCAGGGCGGCCUCUGCUGCAUGGGGGGGCUCGGAGGGGGCGGGGCCGCGGCCGGGGCCGGGGCCGGAGCCGGGGCGGGAGGGGGCGACAAAGGAGGGGUCGACGGAGCGAACUGGCAGAGCGCGGGCACCGGUGCCAACGCCAACCCCGUGGGCACCACCCCCCACCGAUGCUCACAUGAACCGCAUGACCCCCGAAGGCUCUACUCUCCAGCUCAGGAGAACUUGUGGCUGGACAGCGUCUCCCUGCUCAUCAGAGACUCCUUUGAGGGUGAGAUGCUGAUGAUUGACAACCUGUCUGGCUCCGUGUUCCACCACUACUCCUCUCCUCCGGCCUGCAAGGACUGCUGCCGGCACCACCCACAGCAGAUCCAGCUGGCUGAGAUAGAGCAGGCGUCUCUGAUGUCAGAGCAGCUCUCGGACAAGUCCUCUUCGCUGGCGCUCCCCGACGACCUCAGCUUGGACGACCACAGCGUGUACCAGCUCCUGGUGAGAGACAGCAAGGAGGGGAGGAGCAGCAGCAACUCCCACAGCUCUGAGGAGCUGGGGGGAGGAGGUGCAGUAUCUCCAUCCUUUGGCCCCAGAGCUGAGGAGGGGGGAGGUCUGUUUGAGCUCCAGGCCCCACACCUCACACCGUCCCACAGCACAGAUGGCGCUCUCUUUGGCAGUGGCUGCUGCGGAGGUGGGGCUGGGUCGUCCCCUCUCUUUCACCUCCCUGCGGAGUUCUUCCACCCUGCUGCCGCCGCCCAUCCGAGCAGCCCUGGUCUGGCAGGCGUGCCCAGGGGCCGAGCUCCCAAGCUGGCCUCCCCUGCCUCCUGGGCCUCCCUCAGGUCCCCAGGGGCCCACAGCAGGGAGCUGGGCCAGCAGGUCCCGUCCCACAGUGACUCCUCCCUGGCCACAGGGAGCUCGGAUGGCAGCCUGCAGACCACCCUGGAGGAGGGCCUGUGCUUCAGCGUAUCGCCCCCUAGAGACCUUCACCUGCCGCUGCCUCUGCUCUGCCCCAUCCCGGCUGACUCCGGCUGCCCGCCGGGAGAGACCCUAAGACCCCUUACGCACCCGCUGGCCGAGCCCCCGGCCGCGUUUAACCUCCAGGCCACCAGGGGGCACCAGAGGAGUCAGAGCAGCUGUGGAGGCAGCACCAGCCCUGGCUGCAACAGGCAGGAUUCUAUGGACCCCUCCGACGAGGACCUGGGGAUCGGAAUCGGAGGAGGCGGGUCCAGCCAAGCCUGCAACAGCGAACACUUAUCGGAGACUCUGAGCAGCCUGUCGCUGACCUCGCUGCUCUCCCCGAGCUCGCUGGGACACCCGCUGGUGAAAAAGUGCAACAGCACCGGCAGCCUGGAGCAGAGGAGCGCGCCGGCACGGGGGAAAGAGGGCCGGCGGCUCUACGGGAUGGACCCCCGGGGUUACCUCUCGAACCCUUGGACUGCGGAGAGGAGGGACAGGGAAGGGGAGGCGGGGGUCAGCCUCGGGGUGAAGAGCACCAGUCAGACCACAGUCAUGAGCUCCAGGAAAAACAGAUGAAAGCUUCUGUAGUCGCUCCCCGCCAGGGGAGCCCCGCCCUCGCUAGCCGAACCGCUAACUCACACGCGUUCUGUGAACUGCUCCCUCUCUUUUGUUCGUGAAGCGUCUCUGUGUUGUACUUCCCCUCGAACGGUGGAACGGGAGAGCUCCUGGUUUCAGGGAGAGAGAGACAGGCGGCUGCUUCCUUCGGAGUCAGCUCAGGCAGGGAGGCACUGCCUGUUCAAAAAAGAAAGGGGGCUAAUGAACGAAAUGCAGGGGAAAGAAGUGUUGAAAACCCUGGUCGGACAUUCAGUGGUGUUGAUUAGCAUGAUUUUAAUGACUAGAUUAAAGCAGACAAGCAAAAAUAUUUAAACGGGGCCAAUGUAAGGUAUGAAGUCAGUGGUAACUAGAUAAAACACCAGUGUUUCUUUGAGCAGGCCUCUGAAUGGAAUGUGCAUCUGUGAUUGUAAAACAGGUGGUAAUUUGGCAGAAAUGUUUGUGUUAGGGAUUUGACAGGAAGAGAGAGCCGCUAAUGAUAUUAAAUGAAAUGAAGAGAAAGGACUGUGAUGACCUGACCUUUAGACCAAACAGCCUCUCUCUGAGAAAGAAAAUUGAGCUUUCAUGAAUAAUUUGUGUUCAGAAUAUGCCACAGCCCAAGUGUGUGUGUGUGUGUUUGCAUGUGCGUGCGUGUGUUGUUGUGCCUGUAUGUGUGUGUGUGUGUGUGUGUGUGUGUGUAUGUAUGCGUGUGUGUGCAUUUGUGUGUGUGUGUGUGUGUAUAUGUGCGUGUGCGUGUGUGUGUGUGUGCACGUGUGUGUUACUCCUGUGUCUCUUAGUCAGAGUGGCAGCUCUCAGUACUGGACAAGCAAGGAAAGCAGACAGGAGUGCUCGUCUUCACAGGAGAAAUGAAAGGGUAGGCGUUGCCAUGGGUUGUCAUGGGAACGGCACGAGUGGGGAGAGACACCGUGUUCAAAUUGCUGCUCAAACCCAUGUGUGGAAGACUGAACCAACACGAGGAAGGCGAAUAAUGUAGCUCACAAAAAAAAUAAUAAUAGUUUUUAGUGCAGUGUGAGAUCGCUAUAUACUGUGUACAUAUAGAUUAAAAAAAGUUAAACACACAGGCAGUUCUGGGAUCAUUUUUGUUUUCUGACUAUUUUUAAGACGAGAAAGGAAGAGAGGGAAUAGCAACGUGUCUCCACUUUUCUUGGGUUUCCUUAACCAUGGUUUCCCUCCUUAUCUUUCGCAAGUGGCUUCCAGUUCUGUAUGGUAUGUGAAAGGAGAGAUCGUUCAAGUAGAAAAAAAUCAAGAAAGAAAGCUGCUUUGUCUGCAUAGGAAAUGGCCUCUUAGGAUUCAUGAGAUUGCAAACGUUGGUUCCCUUCGGUAUUUCUGUAAUUUAAUUACCAACGGGGAACGGAACGGAUUGAAUGGCCUACUGGAGUUCAUCAUGGGCAGGUACCUCUGAGAGGACCGUGAGUUUGUUGUCCCUCGUUCUGUGAACUGAUUAAGUGAUUCUGUCAUUCUGAAAUCUCGAAAAUUCUGAGUGUCAUACAUGAAGGUUUAUGAGAUUCUCAAGAAUGUAUUGUGUAAUACAUUCAUGUUCUCUGGCAUGGAUGUUGAACGGAAAAAAAAGGAUGCAUCCUCUUUUCAGAUGUUUUAUGCAGACCGGUCCCCUUCACUGUACCUUUGUGUGUGACACUCAAAAACAGCAGGCAUUCCAGAAUUCCCAGAGUUGUAUUAUCAUUGUGCCAAAGCCUCAUGUGUAAUAGAUGUUUUUUUUAAUGGUUGUUGUUAGUUAGAAUAACAAACAGGACGCGGGCUGGCGAGGUCUCGAGUGACGCUGUUAGUCUGACGCGUGUAACUGUUUGACCUGUGGAGGGCUGUUUGACCCGUGGUCAAUAUGUGCAGUAUCCACGCUGAGCACUCCUUUAGAGGAGUAGGGUCUUCUGUUCUAAUUGUGAAAAAGAAUUCUGCACACUCGUGCUGUCUACAUGUCUUUGUAACGGUGUUAAGAUAAAUAGAUUAAAAAAAAGAUGGGUGACUACGAUAUAUAUGGGCUGAUUGGGUUUACAAGAUGUCCCGGUUUAUUAAUUUAUUUAAUUUUAUUUAUUUAUUUUUUUACUGUUAAAUGAGAUUGCAAAUUCAAGGAUGCAGAUAGACCCCAUACAUAUUGCAAGUGGGUACCCACUAAAAAGACAAUGAAGGAAGUCAAGAGCAUUUCACUAAUUCAAAAAAAAAUUAGAAUUCUACUUUCUAUAAUCUGUGGUACCAUUCUUAGUUUCUGGGACGGGAGGCCAAACACCUCUUAUUUAACCCUUUGAAGAGUAGGUUUUUUUUUUUCUUUUUCAAAAUUCUAAGUCAGUGUUCUUGAUCUCCAUUGCUUAUAUUUACCAGUAGUAACUGUUACAUCACCAUUAGUAUGUUUGUUGAGAACAUACUAAUCGCAUAUUUGUGAUGCUACACCUCAAAGGGUUAAUUUAUGUUUCCGCAUAGCAACAACAUGAGAACUGCUCGUAUCGCGGUCAUGCCGAGCAAAGGCGAUAAGUAAGAAGAACUCAGGGCUUUGAAAAACAUAAAAACAAAUGUGCUUUGGUUUUAUUUGGGCCUGGAAGUACUGAACUGAACAUACCCUUUGCGGUACUGUUUCUGAACAGCAAUUUCUCUGUGGAUGUUGGUAAUGAAAAAGUGUUCUUGUAUCUGCAGAACAGUUUGUGUUCAUUUCUGCUUUCAUUCUGAAGGUCCACUUCAUCACAGUCCCUUAAAAACUGUUGCACUAACCAUAUUGUAAACAUACCUGGGACAGCUCUACACAACCCAGAUCCUGGAGUGCCUGAGAUGCUUCAGGUUUUUGCUCCAUCGGAGCUUGAUUGGUGGAUUAUUAAGAGUCUGAGCCUGAAGAACCCAAUUCUGAUUGGUUAAAAGCGGAGUGCCUCCAUCACAUGCCCAUUUGUGUCCAGUACCUGAUAAUUAAUGCAGUUAUGUAGUCAGUGUUUUGGAUGGAGCAAAAACCAACACAGCAUCAUGGCCAGGCUUCCCGACCCCCCGACUUUGGACGUUUGCAUGGUACCUUCUCCCCCGGUGGACAUUUUAGAGCAUUAUUUUUGUAUUUUUUAUUGUAUUUUGUGUUCUUUGACGCUGCACAGAUUUAAACAUGAGUAAAUGUAGCAUGGUCCAAAAACUGGAAAUGUAUUUGCACAUCACGUUUCAGCCGAUGCUGCUGCCAGCACAGGUCUGUCGGGAACAUUGCGUAACUCGGGCAUUCCUUUCCUUGGUGAUCACUUGUGCCAAAUGUCCCGGUGCAGUAUUUUUGGCAGCUCUGGUUUAAAAAAAAAAAAAAAAAAACAAAACAAGGCCACACAAGGCAGCGAAGGACAGAAUAGCCCACAUGUCACCAAAUGGAGUGAAGUCUAAGCAAACAUGCACUGUCAGUGUCAGCUUCCCAUUUUUUGAUCAAUGACAGGAACGCGUCAUACCUGAAAAUGACCACAUUGAAUUGCACGUUUGCUAUUUGUUCCAGCCAGUGGCAUGCAUUAAAAAAAAAAAAAAAAAGAGUGAGAGAGAGAAUCUUAGAGGUUUGUGGUUAUUUACGAGUGUCUGCAAUGGUGUGUUUGCGAUCUUGCUUCAGCAACAGUCCCGUUCUAGCAGCAGUGUUGCUCUCUUACUUCACAGGCAUAUGACACACUCAACAGUCGCACGUAUACACAAUAUUUCAUUACUGUGGCGUAUUUGCACUGAUAUUGUUUUAAAAAAAAGUCUUCAUUUGUAGAAGCUUUACCAGAGGAUGCAGCAAAGAUUGAGGCCGGAGCAAAUAGGAUGAACUACUGUUAAAGCAAAAGGUAGAUGUGUGUGCAGAAAAUGACCCACUGAACGUUUUGCAAAACGGUGUGUGGGUGGAUCAUGUCACACUCUUAAAUCCCUCUCUCGUUGCGCUCUCUGUGAAAUGCUUUGUGACGCUCUGCGUUCUGAAUGCUCCCCAGAUCUUCACUGAGAUGCUUCAGUGGGAACCCAGAAAGCUGUCAGCCUCACCUGGCUUCCAUUGUAAGGUAAAGAGUUUUCCUGACCACGCAAUUAUGUGUUGCAGAGAAUAAGUAAGCUGAGAUUUCUUAACUCUGAUUUAUUUUUGCACACACACACACACAGACACACACACGCACACGCACCCACACACACACAAGGUGACUGCCGCGUCUCUAUUAAUAACUUUCUCCCAGCCGUCAUUGUCUUCCAAAUGUCGCAGUAUCCCCCCUCAAACCUGCUUCCUCCUGCAUCACUCUAUAGGGCUCACAUUAAAUCUAAACAAGGAAACACCAGCAGCCCACGCACUCCUCACCCGUUGCUGUAGAAAUAUGUGUGUGUGUGUAUAUGUGUGUGUGUGUGUGCGUGCAUAUGUGUGUGGUGUGGGAGGGCAGGGGAGGACAGUGAGGAGUUACUCCUGCGCAGGACGUGCAGUUUGAUCAAUCCUGGGCCAUUGCUUGUGUCAUUUUGGCCAGUGAAACAUAGCACUUAUGCUUUCAGGGUUUGAUGGAAUGCCAGUCAAGGUUCUGUUUCUUGGAUCAGGUCCUAUCAAUCCCAUUUAGCGGUCUCUUGUUACUUGUUACUGUCUCACAUUGUAUAUGCAUGUAAGCACCACGCUGUAGGACGUGGAAGCAUCCUGUAGGACCGUACAGUCUUGUCCAUAGGUUGGUGUGUACAACAUCCCACAUGCAUAAUUUUACUUUAUUUUUUAAGUUCCCUACAACACCAGAAGCCCAAACAACUUGAACUGUAGCAACGCAAGACUCAGCCAUUAGAGUGCACUUAAACGGUGAGCAGGCCAGCUUCACACGUUGAAGUGCGCCCUCUCAUCUUGUGAGAGUGCACUACAGUAAUGGCCAAAUCCUGGUCCCUUUGUUAAAGCUCGGCGAGGAAACCACAUAUGCUGUCUGAGUUCCUGGGUGGGCAGACAGGUAGACUGGCUGCAAGCCGCAAAGGUUUCUCAUUCCAUCAGGUCAGGCUGUUGGACCACUUUCCUAAUGUGCUUUAUUAUUUUACUACGUUCUGUGGUGGUUCACGGUCCAUCAAAUACGACAUACCGGGUCACCCAGGCCACUGGACGAGCUGAACUAAAAGCAGUACAAUUGUAGCACUGUCUUAGUGUGUGACACCUCUGUAAGUGAGGUCACAGACGUUUUUGUAAAGGCUUCUGUAUAUGGCCGUGCGUGAAGCCUUUAGAAAAAUGCUGUGACCUCAUACAGCCAAGACAAGAGGACAGGCGAGUCCCAGAAAGGUUAGAAAAUAGAAUUUGAGAUUGUGUUCUUUCAGGCGAGCGCAGAAUUUGUACUGCUGAAAAAUCAAUUAGAAUGAUAUACUAAAUACUCAUCAUUUGCACUGCUGCUUUUGCAACGGGAACUGAUAGCCUUCAUUUGUUGUUUUAGGAAUGGUCCUGAAGUAUUAAACUGAAAACUCCAUCUUGUUCAGAGUUGUUUGAAGAGUUGUUUGAAGAGUGACAGCUGGUUAGGUCACCGAUCACACCUGUGAAUUAGCUGUAGACGUCUGCUCUGUGCACCUGGUACUCUGCCCAAACAAGUUUGAUCAAGGCUUCAUACGGACGGGUUUCUGCCCAAUAUCCGUGCUGUCGGAAAUAGUUAAGAACUUUCUAGUGAUUUUAUUCUAUGAAAAUAAUGUAUGGAAAUUGGCAAAAGAAAAAGAAUAAUUAAAUAUUAUCACGGCCAAGCACUCGACCUGGCAGAUGUAUAUCUGAGCUGCAUAUAAGAAUGGCUUGCAUUUCCUAUCCAGGCAUCUGCAAUGGCAUUGCUUGUGAGACUCGCAGGGACUUUUAGUUCUCCUCCAAUCUCUGAAUAAAUGUAUUGGAAAAGAUCACCUGCAUAACAGGUUGGGGCUCAGUUGUGCCAGAGGCUUUGGAAAACAAAUUUCUGAGGGAUAUAUAAAAGUAUAGGGG